UUGAAUGCAAUAUGGCUGUAUAAUACGUCAAAUCAUUUAACCAUUUUAUAUCAAUUUUUUAUUAAAAUAUUAUUUACUUCUUUACGUAUUUAUAAUAUUAUUAACUUUUUUUUUAUUAUUAUAAAUACUACCGCUUUGUGUUAUCGUAUUUAUUGUUAGUGUAUUAAUUAUAUUUUACACGGUAGCUUAUUUUUGCCGCGAUACCGGAAUUUUGUAUAUAUAUUUCAUAUAUACAUAAUUUGAGCCCAACCCAAGUUGACGCUGGUUGUUGCCGCCGCCGCCGCGUUUAACAGCCGUAAUUAAAUUUUUUAUCCAUCUCGAUCGCGUUACAUUUGGUUUAUUCAUCGUUGUGAUGACAUCUUCUCGGUCGGCUUGUUCGUCGACGGAUCUCGAUUGAUACGAAAAUGUACGUCGGCUGUUUAGUCAUAUCUCUUGAAAUGGAAAACUUAUGAGGGUAUAGCAUUAAGUUUUAGCCUUGCACGAAUUGGCUCUAGCAUGAAUACCCGGGGUCCGAACCAGAAUCAUCAGAGACGAGUCGAUCCAAAUAUGUAUACAAAUCCAAAUCAAUAUAACCAUACACCUACUGCUACAACCAAUCCGAGGUACUUAAUAGGACAACAACGCCCUAGUCACUAUCAAUUAAGUCAGGCAACUCAUAAUAUUGCUGAUAUGAAGAAUAAUAGUCAUAUGCCUAAUAUGAGCCAUGGCCAAAUUCAAAUGGUUCAGCAUAUACAACCUCGGCAGACUCAACUUUCCCACCAUAUAAGAUCAAAUGCACCACGUAAUUUACCAAGAGGACCCUUUCAAUACCAGGUAUAUUUACCUGCAGCACCUUACCCAAACACUAACCAUGCCACAUACUUUCCGUACUCACCUCAACAGGCUUCACAAACAGUACUUAUGACAGCAGGGCCAUACAUGCAAAAUUUUCCUGCUAAUCAACCACUAGCAAAUAGUAUGUUUUAUUCUGCAACACCCAGUAGACCCAUUCAAGUGUCUAAUAUACAACAGGGACCACCUAAUCCUCCUGUAGCCAAUAUGAGCAAUGCUCAAAAUACACACGGACAGUCAAUGAUUGUUCAACCUCAACCUAUGGACAUAGCUGCUAAUUCACAACCUUUACAAGUACCUCAGCAAUCAUCUGCAACACCAAUACCUGAUAGACCACGAAGAAAAGCUAUAAAAAUAAUUGAUCCUAAUACAGGGAAUGAAGUUGAUAUAAAUUCUGCACAACAGUCAGCCCCAAGUGCUGAUGAAUUAGAAAAAAUGAAAGUUCAAAGCCAAUUUCAAAGUCAGGUACAGAGUGCCGUUAAAAAAGAUGACGUCAAAAUUGCAGAUAAUAAUCAGAAUUCAGCAGGAAAAGAAAAAGUAAUAAAUGAAUUCCAAACGCAAGUUAAAAAAUUAUUGAGUGAAUCUACAUCGCCAAUUAAAACAGAUGGCGUUCAAGAAAAAAUUAUAUCAAGUGAUACGGAGGAACCUUUAGCUGCUAUUGAAAGUCAAAAUACAGAAUUGGGAAAAAUUGAAAAAACAUUAAAUAUAAAUUUAAAUUCUAAAGAUGAUACUGUUAAAAUUGUUGAUAAAGAAAAUUCUAAUUCUUCUUUACCAAAUCAAACAUUUGAAAACAGUAUUUCUACAGAAUUAGAAUUACCAUCCCAAAGUUCUGAUGUUACUAGUAUUUCAGAAGAUUCUAAUAGUACAAAAAAAUUAUCAGCAGUUGAUGAAGAAUCUUUAAAACCAGUAAAAUCGAAAAAAAAUAAAAACAAAAAGAAGAAAGGAGUAGAACCACAAAAAAAUGUGACUAAAGAUUCAACUGGUAAUGUGGUGGUGUCAUCUUCCAUUAAAACUGUAGAAAAUUUAAUUGAAAAACCCAUUGAAAAUGAUUCUAAUCUAAAUGAUAGUAAUACGAUUCAGAAUAAAGAAAAUGAAAAUGAGAAUUGCUUAUCAAAAGUGGAAGAAGAAAAAACUGUCAAAAAAAAUGAAGAAAUAUUACCAACGCAAGAAAGAAAAAAUAAUGGUGUUAAAAAUGAGGUAGCUGAAAUUGUAACCCCAAAACUUCCCAGUUACAUAGAAAAAUUACCAUAUACUGAAGAUCAAUGGAGUUUGACCAAUAAAUCUGGAAAAAGAGUUUACACAAGAGCUUUCUUAAUGCAAUUAUGUAAUGAAACAGUUUGUCAAAAGAAACCAGAUGUUUUAAGAAAUUGGGGAAACAUAACAAGAUCUGCAAAUGCACCACAAUAUAAUGUUUUAGGAGGUGGUAGUAGUACAGGUGGAACACCUAUUUCUAGAUCACAAAGCGCAAGUGCAACAGGCUUUAUGCCUGCAUAUUUCAAACCUGGUGGUAGUAGUCAACGAGGAGGCAUGCCUAUGAUGUCUGGUGCCAAGAGAAAUAGUAGUCAAGGUAAAACGGCUAGUAAAUCUUCAAAACCGAACACAAUUCAUAUGUCUCUAUCGUUGAGAGAAGAAGUUAAAUUGAAUCAGACUGAAAAUGCAUGGGUUCCAACUGCUGUUAAAAAGGCAACCAAAAAUGAUUCAUCUAAAAACAAAAAUGAAGAUGAAUUAAAAACAGAAGAUGUUCAUAAAAAUGUUAGAUCAAUAUUAAACAAAAUUACACCUGAUAACAAAGAUGCUUUGACUGAAUCUUUUAAAAGUUUAUCUAUUGAUACACAUGAUAGAUUAGAAAAAACAAUAGAUUUAGUUUUUGAAAAAGCAAUAGAAGAACAAAGUUUUGCUCCUUUGUAUGCUUCACUGUGUUAUGCUAUGCAAGGCUUACAGGUGAUUUAUGAAAAUGGCACUAAAUCCACUUCUUUCAAAAAACUUAUUAUAAGUAAGUGUCAGAGUUUAUUCGAAUUAGAUAAAGCUCAAGAAAUGGAUUCAGCUAAAAGACUUUCAGAAAUAAACUCUUGUAAAGACUCUGAGAAAAAAAAAGAACUGCAAAUGGAAUUUGAAGAUAAUGAGAGGAGAUUAAGGAAACGCUCUGUAGGGAAUUGCAGAUUUAUUGGGGAGUUGUUUAAACAAAAAAUUCUCACUCCAAAUAUCAUGUUAUAUUGUAUAGUCAAUUUAGUCACUAAACAUGAUGAAGAACCUUUAGAAUGUUUAUGUAAUUUAUUAAAGACUGUUGGAAAAGAAUUAGAACAAACCUACAGUUUAAAUGAAACAUUUGAUAAACUGAGAGCUUUAACAUCAAAAGAAAUGAAAUCCAAAAUACCAUCAAGAAUUCGUUUUAUGAUUCAAGAUGUAAUAGAUUUAAGAAAAGACAAAUGGGUACCUAGACGAUUAGAUAAUAAACCUAAAUUAAUUAAUGAAAUAGAAAAUGAUGCUAAAAAUGAAGCCAUAGAACAAUCAAUUGCAUUAUCUUCUUAUAAUAGUAGACCUGAAAAAUCACAACGUGAUAGUCACCGUGAUGAUAAAUAUAGGGGUGGAGAAAGUAAAAACCGACGUAAUGAAACUGAAUGGAAUAUUGUACAAAAUACCAAAUAUAAACAACAGAAUUAUACAAUUGAUCAAUCUAAACUACAAGGCUUGCAAGGUCUUAAGGAGUCUUCAUCGGUUUCGUUAGGGCCCUCUUCAAAAUGGUCUUUUUCAUCUAAUUCUACUGGAGGAAAAAAUAGUAGUUUUACUAGUAACAAUAUGUAUGCUCCUCUAAAUGAUGAUAAAAAAUCGUCAAAUUCUCAACUGAUGUCUAACAAAAACACGCCUCGCAAACCAAUGAUUUCUGAAACAGAAGAAAGACAAAGAAUGAUGUCUGGUGUUGCUAGUAUGAUGCCUCAAUUUGCUCAACCUUCUACAACAUUAAAUACAUCUUUAACUACUUCACAAACUUCAAAAGAAGCAGAAGAGUCAUCGUCUUCUAAUGAAGAACUAGAUCCUGAAAUAAUAGAUAAAAUUAACAUGCAAUGCAAAAACAUUAUCCAAGAAUAUGAACAAGUGCAUAAUAUAGAUGAUAUUAUAUAUUCAUUAAAAGAUGAUGAAAAGUCAGCCAUCCGCACUAGACAUGAAGAAUUUGUGAAGUAUGUAUCUUUGAUGACUUUUGAAUUUAGUUCGAAAUUCCAAACAGAAGCUGGCAAAAUGUUUGCUGAAUUGUUAACCAAAAAUGUUCUAUCUAUGACGGCUAUUACUCGCGGAAUUGAUGCUGUUCUUAAAGAUUGGAAUGAUUAUUUAAUGGAUUAUCCUCAAUUCUUUUCUUAUAUUGCUGCCAUUAUUGCUCCAUUAUUAAUUUCAAAGACUGCUUCUUUUAACUUUAUUAAUCUAAAAGAUGCUUGCAAAUCAAUUUGUCCUAAUGAUUCUUGCAAGUUUUUUAUUGAGGUACUCCAAAAAAUUUUAGGCUCAAAAGAAACCCAAGAUAUUAAAGAACAAGGUGGAAUAUUAUGGAUAUAUAACAAAUGGAGAAAAUCAGAACAAAUAUCACUUGAUGUUUUUGUUCCUAACAAUAAAUUGAAUGAAAAUUUUAGAAAUGAUAGAAUUGGUGUUUUCUUGUUAUCCAUAGCCAUGUAUGAUAAAAUGAAGUUCACUGAUAGUAAACUAUUAUAUGAUAUAAUGCAUAGUUGGAUAAGUAAUAACUUCAAGUCAGAAAUUAUUGACUGUCCACAAUUUGUUCGGUCAUUAACUAUAGCUAACGUAAUUGCCUGCUUAGGGCCACCAAAUCAUUCUUUUGAUGAGUUCUUUGAUCAUGUAUAUAUUAAAUUACUUACUUGUUACAUUCGAUCAAAACCUUUACCAGUAGCAGAAAUUCAAGCACGGGAAGUUCAAUGUUUAUACGGAAUUCAAAUAAUGUCUGCUGCGCUUGAGUACCCUGCAGGAAUGGUACUAAAAUUGUUUCACAAACUUUAUCAAGACAGUGUCAUUAGUAAGGAAUCAUUUGACUUAUGGAAAAAUGAUGAUGUAUUCAAACCUGGUUUUGAUGAAGACCUCGAGACUAAAACUAUGGCAGUCGUAGUAUUGAAUUCAUUUUUCAUUUCUCUUGCAGUAAAUGAUUCUGAUGAAGAAGAAACAAUUGAUCCAUAAUGUAACGUUGUUAUUCUGUAAUAAAAUUAUCAGUCGACUUCUGAAAUUCUUAUUUUUUUAAUUUUAUUGUAGAUACCAUGUUUAAUAUAUUAUAUAAAUUAGAUUAAAAUUAUAUAUAUAUAAUGAGCCAUUUUCA